AUGAGUGACUUCUGGAAGCGAGACGUAAGGCAGGUGGAGGCUCUCAGGGACGAGAUCGUUUCGCUUCUUCAACAGCGCCAGAAACAAACAGGCGGAGCAAACACUGGAGCUUCAGGACGUUCCAGUGCGGUGCUUCGGGGGAAAUUCUCUCAGUUCUGUCAGGAUGUGGAGCAACUGGAGAGGACCCUGAAGGCAACAGAGGCCGAAAGGCGCGGCGAUCUGUCGCCCGCUGAGUGGCGGCAAAGACGCGACCAAGUCGCGCAUCUUCACGCAGCGAAGUCCGAGCUGCAAAUCGCCUUCACUCGCGCGUUCUCCACGGGCGAGGACUUCUACGACUCGGCUGCUUCCGCUGAGGUCCUCGUGGACGUUCCGCGGGGAGCGAGAGUUUUGAAGACGCGAGAAGAAGACAUUCUCGCGGAGCAAGACGAACAGUUGAGUUUUCUCGAGGGGACGGUGAGCAACCUGAAGAGCAUCGGCCACGCUGUCGGCGACGAAGUGGACGUGCACCGAAAGCUCUUGAGCGACUUGGACGACGACGUCGAUCGGGCACAGACGCUUCUGGAGAAAAACAGGGAAACGCUGCGGAAAAUCAUCGAGAGGCAAUCCACUGUUUGUCUCCUCCUCACGGCUCUUGCGCUGCUCGUCGUCCUCAUCUUCCUCAUGGUUGCAACAGCUUAA